UUUACUGUUUGUUUUUUUCUCUACAAAUUUGUCAUUUGAUUGUCAGGCUGGACAAAUAUGCCAUCUCCUCAUUUACAGAGAGCUUUGAAUAUGUGCCUAAAACACGCGCAGAUAAUGCCGGCCUCAAUGCAAUGGAGAUCACAGCUUCUCUGUACACUGGACAUGGAUCCGGAAACCCAAAAUUCGGCGUCGAUUUAGAGGAAGGUGUUUGUAAAGACGUCUCAGAUACAAAAGUAUGGGAUCUUUAUUCCACCAAAUUAUAAUGGCCAUACCAGCUGGUGGACGAAGACUAGGCUCUUAAAAGUUAUAACAAACACCUCUUAGCCAAACUCACUCUCUUCUUCCGCAACUUUUAUUUUCUUAAUCUUUCUUAGAAAAAUUUGGUAGAAAAUAAACACACCCUACUACUUGCCUGUGGAGUGGUUCCUACUUCCUUGCAAUAUAAAAACUGAAAUUGAAAAGUUGUGGUGACAAGUUUUAAAGUUGGGUUUUAGAAAAAAAGAUAUAUAUAGAAACGACACCGUGUUCUGUUUCUCAGUCAAAAAAGAGUACACUCACACACAGUCAACGAAAGAGCUGAGUCAAAUUUUGUUUGACCAAUUUGGUUCCUCAACAUGGCUGCAGCUUCGUCAGUUCCCUCUCUCGCUGACCGAGUCGCAAUAGUCACCGGUUCAUCUCGUGGUAUUGGCCGAGCCGUAGCCAUACACCUCGCCGACCUCGGCGCCAAGAUAGUCAUCAACUACACCACCAGAUCCACUGAGGCCGAUCAAGUCGCCGCCGAAAUCAACUCAUCCGCCGGCGCCGGUUCGGAGCCUAUAGCCGUCGUAUUCCGCGCCGAUAUAUCAGAGCCGAGCCAGGUCGAGUCUCUCUUCCACGCGGCGGAGAAAGCCUUUAACUCGCCGGUUCACAUCCCGGUUAACUCAGCUGGAAUCCUCGAUCCUAAUUACCCUACCAUCGCCAACACCCCAGUUGAAGCUUUCGAUCGCAUCUUCAAGGUGAACACAAGAGGAUCAUUCUUGUGCUGUAAAGAAGCUGCAAAACAGCUAAAACGUGGAGGUGGUGGGAGGAUUAUACUGGUAACGUCUUCACUAACCGAGGCGCUGAUCCCAGGGCAAGGAGCUUACACAGCAUCAAAAGCAGCUGUUGAAGCAUUGGUGAAGAUUCUUGCUAAGGAACUUAAAGGUUCAGGAAUCACUGCAAACUGUGUUUCUCCAGGGCCUGUUGCGACUGAGAUGUUCUUUGAUGGGAAGAGCGAUGAGACGGUUAAGUACAUCAUUGAUAAUAGUCCUUUUGGUAGGCUUGGUGAGACUAAAGACAUUGCUUCUGUUGUUGGUUUCUUAGCUAGUGAUGGUGGUGAAUGGAUCAAUGGGCAAGUUAUUGUUGCUAAUGGUGCAUUCCUCAAAUGAAACAAUGUUAGAUAAUUCUGAAACUAAAAGUAUUGAAACUGUGUUCUGUUUCUUCAGUUGCUAGUGAUCGAAUUCAAUCUAUUCUUUA